AUGAUGGCUAAGCCGUGUAAAUUGCUAACAUUCAAGGGCCACCAUGAGUCGGUGAAUGCGCUACUGUGUGAGGAAAACAUUCACCCUAACGUACUAGCAUCUGGGAGUGACGAUGGUACGUGCCGUCUGUGGGACGUGCGCACCACGAAAGUGACAAAAUGUCUGAAUGUCAAGAAGGCACUAGGCACUGACGACAAUGAUGAGAGUGCCGUAAAUUCGCUUGCAUUUGGAAAAGCGACAGCAGGAGCGGAGAGUGCUUACAUAUACGUUGCAGCAGGAAAUAGGGUGUUGACAUUUGAUAUACGACAGCCAACUCUGAUCGUGAACUGCGCGGAUCGAGAGGCAUUUCAACAGAGCAAGGACGAGAUUAACGUGCUGUCACGACACCCAAGCAAGCACGGCAAAUUUCUGUCGGUUCCAGACGAUAAUGGCGAUAUAUGUGUGUAUGAUUUGGAUAGUCACCGCUUGUUUAAGAAACUACAGAGCCAGCACUUGAAUAUCUGUAGCGCUGCACCGUUUCGUCCGAACGCAACGUGGGAUCUCGUAUCGGGUGGUAUGGAUGGCCUGCUUCUCUUUUGGGACUUUUUUCGAGGUAAAGUUAGAUUCCGAAUCAACCUUAACACGGGUGUAUGUGGACCGGGCAAUCCCGAUGCUUUUGUCGACGACGUAAAAUCCAGCGUUCAGCAAAAUUUCAAUCCACCCUUGGUGCACGCACUGGCGUUCGCAUCGAACGGUAAGUCCUUUGCGGCUGGUCUAGGAGAUGCCAGUAUUGCAAUCGUUGACUUUGGGUCGAAACAAAUUACACGACGAUUAAAACAUCACAAAGCUAUGGUUUCUCAAGUUCACUUUGCUGCGUUUCGUCCUCAAGACCGGCUGGUUUCCGCCGCCAACGACGCUAAACUGUGCAUGUGGGAUUACUACGCAGCGCUUUCUGUGGACAACAAGAACAAUCCAUCGAACUCGCUUCUGGUGACGGAGAUUGCCUUAAAUGACAGCCCUAAUGCUAUUACCACGACAAGUCAGCAAAAUAUGAUUGUUGUGGCUGACAUGAAUAAGGAAAUUUUAGCAUACUCCGUGGUGUAG